AAUUAAAGGAAUCGGAGGUUGAAAAAAAAUUUUCCAUGGUUGAGGAAAUUAUAAGGCUGUUGUACUUUGCGACGGUGUUUAGCUUUCCGCGUAGACCUGAUUUUUGGGCAACUAGGAGUGAGAGGGAGCGAUGUUUGGCAUAUACUAAUGUCAAUGACAGUAAUGCGCGGGAGGUUGUUAGUGAGAUGGAUCUAACCCUCAUAUCUAUGCUUGGGAGCCUGCUAAUAUCAAGGCCUGUGAAUUGGACUUUGUCCCAUCAGAAUGCACUGCAACUGUGCGUUAAGCAUGCCAGGCUCUGGCUUGCUAAGUCUGAUCAGCCCAUUGGAUCUAACCCUUAUUUGACAUAUUCUGGAUUGAGGGAGAAACUAAACAAGAUCAUGGCAUCAGACUAUUUCACUACAACACCAGAGAUGAAGGCUCCUGUUGAGGUGGCAGCUGCUGCUGGCAGCUAUGGUUCCUUUCAAGUGCCAGCGCAUGGAUCUGUCAUGCCAGUCCAAGUCGAAGGUUCUGUGGUGCAGUAUCAACAGAAGGAAGAAGAGACAGCAAAUGCUGAAGAAGAUGAAUCAUAUGAUAAUCAGUUGAGCCCUGCAGAAGAAUUUCAUCAGGGGGAGACUGAAAACUAUUCUGAACUUCCCGUACAAAAUGAGCCCACCACACAUCAAGCACAAAAUUUGCAGGAGUAUGAGCCCAAGGAGCAAAAUUAUGCUCCUCGAAGAUCGUAUCCAAAUUACAGAGGUGGUCGUACUGUGGGUGCAAGCGGCCGUAGGGGAUAUGCUAAUGGCCGUGGAGGGCGCGGCAGGGGAGGGGCCUAUCAGAAUGGCCGCAACCAGCACUAUGACCAGCCUGGUACUUACUAUCCCAGGAACAACUAUUACAGAGGAAGAGGGGGUAGGGGUUUCAAUGGGAACUACAACUAUCAUGCCAGUCAAGCUGGCUAUGUUGUAGCAGAUUCAUGAGGCUGAUGCUUCAAGGGUCUGGUAGUCUCCUUUCAUUUCC